AUGCUUUCCGACGAAAGUUCCAUCGGCGAAGGCGUCGCACGGCUGAAUCGAUGGCACCUGGGUCCCGGCACAUCGAGGGUGCAGCAGCAGUCGCACGCGCCGCUGCACGCCUUCUACGUGGUGGGGCGGUCGCUGCGCGUGCUGUCGGUGUUCGCGGCGUACCGCUUCCUGGUGGAGUCGGACGUGUCGGUGCUGCUCUUCGCCUUCUUCUCGCUCCUCGGCGCCGCCAUCCUCUUCUUCCUCCUCCAACGGCCCUGGAAAGGGAAACGCCUCACCAACACGCAGUGGGGCAUCUCAGUGAUGAAUGGAGGCGUGUUGGCCCUCGCUGUUGUCACAUGGGCGUACGGUCUGAAGCAGUGCGGCCCUCUAAGGUCUGUGAUGGCGGAGUACUCAGGAGCGGUGGUUGCCACCAUAUCCACCAUGAUAUUCGGGCGGCGAGGUCACCGCGUUCUAAAGCUGUACGGCGCCAUUGCAAUGCUCGCUGCCUUCUACCUCCUGGCCUCGGGAAUCCCGCUGGGCCCCACUCUUCCGCCGGACUUCCCACCUCCUGCCAACCCCGUUCCCUUGGGCCUAGACAGCACCGCCGCCGCCACUGCGGCCCUCACAGCCGCCGACAGCAGCACUGGCAGCAGCAGCAAGGGGGGAGCAGCAGGGGCAGCGGGAGGUGGGGCUGCAGGAGGGGAGGGCGGUGCGGGGUUGUUGGCGUGGCAGGUUGCGCGGAUGUCUGGGAGUGGGAUGGUGGAAGCAGCAGGGGGCAAUCCGUUGACGGCCAUGCUGCUGCCCGUGGCUGCUGGAGUGCUCUUUGCGCUGAGACGACUGCUUGCCCGGCUGGGAAAGUCGCAGCAGAAGAAGCGCCUGCAUGCAGUCACAGCAGUGUCCUCCGUCUUCUUCCUCCUGCCCAUCGCCAUCUUCCAGCUCAGCGGGGGAGCGCAAGCCAUGGACCUAGAGGCGGGGGGGCGGCCGAUGCAGGUGUAUGCGCUGGUGAUCCUGGCAGGACUCGUGUUCUCCUUCUAUGUGGACACGCUGGCGGAGGACAAGCUGCGUAUCGGCCCAUCCUCACUGAAGCAUCUGUUGGUGACGAGUGUGGCUGUGGUGGCGCUGCUACUAAUGUACCGAAUGCACUUCAGCCCGCUCUCCUUUGUCCUCAUCGCCCUCCUCCUUGCUGCUGGGCUGCACUGGUCCACGGCCAUAGAGCGCAGCAAGUCAGCUGGGUCACUGGCAGAGGAUGGGGUAGCAGCCAAGGAGAGGCGCAGAACAGCCGCUCUGGCAAUGCUACAGUUUCUUCUUGCUUUCGAGUAUGGUCCCCCUUCUGUUAACCUUCUUCGUCCCUCCUCUUUGCCUCCCAACCCCCUCCCAUUCCACGUGCCGUGCCUCCUCUCGCCGCCCCCCCCAGUCUUUCUCCUCAUCAACGCAGCGUUUAUGAUCGUCGAGUUCUCUGUUGGCUUCCUUUCCAACAGUCUGGGGCUCAUAUCAGACGCGUGCCACAUGCUCUUUGACUGUGCCGCCCUCGCCAUCGGCCUCUAUGCCUCCUACAUCUCCCGCCUCGACUCCCCUUCUAAGUUUGCCUACGGCUACGGUCGCUUUGAGGUGCUAUCGGGCUUUGUCAAUGCGGUCUUCCUAGUGCUCAUCGCCGCACUCAUUGUCUUUGAGUCCAUUGAAAGGAUUCUCGACCCACCAGACAUUUCAACAGCAAACCUGCUGGCGGUGUCGGUGGGGGGCCUGGUGGUGAACAUGCAUGGAAACGGGCAUAGGCAUGAGGGGGAGGGUGCAGUAGGAGGUGACGACUGGGAGCAGGAGAAUUGGGAAGAUGCCGGGAGCAACAGCACCAUGACCACCAGAUCUCUCUUACAAUCACCCAUCUCGGUAUCAUCACCUUUGUUUGAGUCACCAGCGCUACCGUCUUCAGGGGCAGAGAAACUUUUGGCCGUGCACAAAGCGAGGAGGAGAAUAGGGCAAGGGGGUGCCGCUGCAGGAGGAGAUGAAAAUUUUCAGGCGCUGCCCGUGAGGCUGGAUUUCGAGGAGUGGGCAGGAGAAAGCAAGUCAGAUGGGGAAGGAAAAUCGCGAAUCUUCCUGCACGUGUUGGCAGACACACUGGGCAGUGUGGGGGUGGUGAUAUCAACGCUGCUCAUCAAAUACAAGGGCUGGAUGCUCACAGACCCGAUUGAGUCGAUGGCAGGAGUGGUGGCGGUGCGGCAACGGCACUUCUGGUCCUUCACUCCCAAGAUGCUAGUGGGCUCAAUCCACGUGCUCAUCUCACCAGAUAGCCUCAAAGAUAGAGCCAAAGACGGAGGUGCAGCGGCGCAUAACAGAGAUGCUUAUAGCGAGUACGGGGGCAAGCAGCAGCGGGUGGAGGCGGUUCAGCAGCUGCGGCAGUCGUUGAGGCGGCGGGUUUCGGAUGUAUUCCGGGCGGUUGGCAUCACACACAUAACGGUGGAG